CGUUGUUAUUUUUUUAUCGAAUCCUUUUGUUUUUUUUAGUUUGUUACCGAAUUGUUAAAGUAUUUGUAAAUGUAAUUUUACUAUUGGCAAUGUCUUCCAGUGAAAGGACUACAUUCUCUCGCAGUCAGCUGUUCCAUGUCGGAUUAAAGAGGAUCCGGCGAAAGCUUCUUGAAUAUUAGAAGGCUCUUGGCGACAAGUCAACAUUCUGGACGCUUGGUAGACCUAUUGAUUGCAAACGUGCUUAGGAUAACGCACUCAAUGUGGGUCAUGUCAUCCCACUCGGUAAACUAAAUUUUACGUGAGCAGUUCGGAAAUCGUACAAAUCAAGACAUAUUUUGAUUGUUUGUUUGUUUUUUAAUGUAGAAUUGGACCGAAAGAAAUGCAACAAAAACCAAGUUUCUAGAGUUGAUUUACGAGCAUGAACGAUUGCGUGCACCUUUGCACGAAUUCAAGGAAGACGCUGAAAAACAGACGUUCAUGUGCUUGCAAUUGACCAAUCACAUGGAAUUACUCACACAGUUAAGGAGUUUUCUGUACAUCAGAUACACGUAUUUGUGCAUUUCCUAUUAUUCCUUCAAGGUUAGAACAGGAUCGUGGAUUUCAUUCCAAACUUGCAGUAAGGUUUUUCUUUCUAUGCUAAAAAGCUUUUACUGUUUUGUUUCAGAUAAAAUUUGAUGUUUUUUGCUUUCUUGUCGUCGUGGUUUUCAGGCGCUAAAUUCAAUCAAUCUGCAAGUCUCCAGAGAGACCAGAUAAAGAAGGGUUUACCGCUACGCAAUGACUUCAAAACUCCCACCAAACUUCCCAGUGAUCAAAGGAAAUUUUGAAGAGCUGCCUGUUAAGGUGCAAGACUUCGUUGCCGGUAAAGUCAAACUGUGCAACCCAGAUGAUUUGUACAUUUGUGAUGGAUCCAAGGAAGAGAACGAAGCACUCAUCAAAUUGCUUAUGGACGACGGAAUUCUAACUCCACUUGCAAAGCACGACAACUGGUAUGUUCACUUCUUUUGUAAGGGCUCACCUUAUUUUGAAUCGUCCUUUAACUGCUCCUUUGGUCCAGCUUUUUUUUUUCUUCUUCUUCUUCUUAUUAUUUUUAGUGGUAGUAGUGGUAGUAUACGGAAGUGGAUACCCAACGAAGUACAAGUAUAAAGUUUGUGACCUAUCCUCUCACGGUGUAAUCUUAGGUUUUGCAGGAACAUCGUUCUUUUCCCUCGGUUCACCUCCAAAAGUUCAUUAUACGGUUGCGUGGUUGGUUGCUAAGCCUUUGAGUGAGGAGUGAGGCUAAGGAUGACCUUGUUACGAAACAAACCUUGCUGCUUUUCAAAUGUAAAUUACUUUGUUAUCAUGCUAACUAGAUACUGGUCUCUAUUGCAACAAGGUCACCUUUAGUCUUACACCAAAUCAAAAGCUUGGCAACUGAAUACACCACUGUAAAAUGGUGAAUUCCUGACCUCUUAACUUGUGCACGACAAAAAAAAUGACAUUUUCCUUCAAAUUAAGACCCAUCUCAAAAUUUACUAUCAACACAACAUUGUUCUGUCUUUCCAUCCAUAAUAAACACCUUUUAAAACAAUCAACAGCUUCAGAGUUUGAAACAAUUUUCUCAUCUUUGCCUUCAUCUUCCUCAUCGCCGCUACUUUCAUCUUCAAAAGAAGACUGUCCAACAAUGCUAUCUAAAAUUGGCUCAUAAGACUACUGUGGCAAAGUUGGGAGCUCACUUUCAACAUUAAGUCAGUCUUCAACAUCAGAAUAAGAGAGACCUUGCCAAACAAGCCAACAGAGCGUGAAAUCUCACUUAGCAACAAAGCAACUCUGAGCUAAUCAGACCCCCUUUAAAUGUUCUUCAUUAGUUAUGACACGUGCUGGCACUGCUUUUGCUUUUUGAAAGCUAAACAGACUCCCCUUUACUUCACGUUUCAAUGCUGUAGUUUUUAAAAGAAUAUAGCUAUGAAUCUUGAUCAUGACUAUUAAAUAUUCAUGACAAAAUUGGGACCAGAGAAAAAGUCAGAAUACUCAAGGUUUGGGUAUAAUGAAGGUUGGACUGUAACACCUUUCAAUAACUUUUUUUUUUGUUAAUGAAAAGCUGUUAAAUAGCUCAGUAAUGAUGAAUAAUGUUAAGAAGGUAAUACAAUACACAUACUGAUUUAUGCUAAAUGAAACAUUGUGACUUUCUUUUUAAGUUAUGUUGCCCGCACUGAUCCACGCGAUGUAGCACGAGUGGAAUCUAAAACAUUCAUCUGUACAGAAGACAAAGGAGAAUCCAUCCCAGCAGCAAAGGAUGGAGUUAAAGGAUGCCUGGGUCAAUGGAUGAGUGUUGAGGACAUGAACAAGGAGUUGAGUGCAAGAUUUCCGGGUUGCAUGAGAGGUAACUAGUUAUUCACCUAGUAUAUUUAGACUUUACUUUAAAUUUGAAAGAUGAUCUUCAAGAAAAUCUUCAAGUUAAUUUACCAUCCAGAUUUUCCCAGACUUGCAGGCAUGCAAAGGAUAUAAGUUAGAUGCACAAAAAAAAAAAAAAAAGGGUCCAAAUUUCCAAAAAAUUUGGGAAGAAAAACCAUGCUCAUUGACAAGAAAAUGUUUAUUUAGCACACUAAUUAGCAUCAUCGAAAAAAUAGAAUUAAAAAAAAAACAUGCACUCCCUAUGCCUGAUAAUUAUGCUCAGCAAGGAUGUAUGAUUCCACAGGAGGAGUUAAUACCCUAAAUGUCUGUUUGUUUAAUAAUUUCAAACAGAUUUCUCACAUCCUUGCAGGUAAACUCCAUAUUGAUAUGGUUAUGUAGAAGAUGCUACAUUAUGUUACAUUGUCUGGAUUUGUUAGUUUACCUAGUAAAUAAAGUUAUCUUUUGUUUCCUAUUCUAUGUGCCUUGAAAUUUUAGGCCGCACCAUGUAUGUUAUGGCGUUCAGUAUGGGUCCAGUUGGGUCUCCUGUGUCUAAGAUUGGUAUCCAAGUCACAGACUCUGCUUAUGUUGUCUGCUGCAUGCGUAUCAUGACCAGAAUGGGGAGUCAUGUAUUGAAAUUUCUUGGAGAUAACGACUUUGUGAAGUGUCUUCACUCAGUUGGCAUACCUAAAGCUGAACAAGCUCCUGACUGCAAAUGGCCAUGCAAUCCAGAUAGGACUGUCAUUGCACAUUUUCCUCAUGAUCGUGAAAUCAAAUCAUUUGGAAGUGGUUAUGGAGGGAACUCUCUGUUGGGAAAGAAGUGUUUUGCUCUACGGAUUGCUAGCACAAUUGGUCGUGAUGACAGAAGCAGACAACUGUAAAAUGGACUAUUAUGAUAAGAAAGUUUUUUCUUAGAUAAAAAUUUGCCUUUUUAACUUACAUCGUAAAUUACCAUUUCUCUCUACAAAAUAUCAACUAGUCAACCUUUAUAGCAUAGCAUAGUAAAUAACCACGAUUUAAAAACUUCUAAUGAAGAGAAAAUAAAAAAUUGUUUAAGUAAGCUUUCAUCUGCUGUUGUAAAUUAUACAGGUAAUGUGUUUUUCUUUCAUCUUAAGAUCAUGGGCCUUACAAAUCCCAAGGGAGAGAAGAAGUACAUCACUGCAGCCUUCCCAAGUGCCUGUGGUAAAACUAACCUAGCCAUGAUAACACCAACAAUUCCAGGAUGGAAGGUUGAAUGUGUGGGUGAUGACAUUGCUUGGAUGUGGUUUGAUGAAGAAGGACAACUGAGAGCUAUUAAUCCAGAAAGUGGCUUCUUUGGAGUUGCACCAGGAUCAUCUUAUUUGACGAAUCCAGUUGCAAUGAAGACUUUUCAAAAGGACACGAUUUUCACCAAUGUGGCAGAAACUAGUGAUGGCGACUUUUUUUGGGAAGGUACUUUAUUAAGUGUUGCAUUAAGUUUAAUCUGAUUGAAGGUACGGGAAAAAGUCUGAAGAGAGUCAGGGAAAUAGGAAGACAAUUAAUGUCUUUGGAAACCAAAUUUGGAAUAGUAGUACUAGAUCAACAGCGUUUUAUUUUCCUUCCCAGUCCAAGUGAGGACAGCCUACUUUUAUCAUGUUUGAGGGCAACCUCCUGUGUAAGACUUCAGACAAACAUUUUGCUAAAGAUAGUUAAACAAUGGUGUAACCUGCUAUAGGUUACCUUGAAAACCACACACGACUCAGUAGCCUGUCUGCAGUAUGGAAAAGUGAAGGACUUUCCUUGCAUAAUUACCUUGUGGGGGGUAUACUCCUGAUUCAGAUCCAAAAUUUAAUGGGUUUCAUUUUGUUACAAAAUCUGAUUACAAAUAAAUAAAAUAAACCAUGGACUUGCUCAGCCUGAAUUUUUCCAUGUUUCCUUUUCUGCAAUUUCCUCAAUUGCAGUUCACCUGAAAGGAUCAUUUUAUUGUUUAUUUUCAUCCACUUGUCAAAAUAUGAUUUAUUUCAUUUUCAUGUAUUUGUGAGAAAUGCAGGAAUCAAUUAAGAGGUGAAGAGGAUAGUUAGACAUGGCAAAGAUUGACAUGAUUAGAUUUGCCACAAACUAUGACUUAUCUCCAUGUUCAACUUCAGGUUUGGUUAAUUUAAUUUGAAUGGCUCCAUUCUUAGCCUAUUGUCUUGGAUUUAUUUGAAGGUUUGCCACUGCCAGAUCAUGUAGAAAUAACUUCCUGGCUUGGAGUGAAAAACUGGAAGCCUGGUAAUAACAAGGCAGCACAUCCUAACUCCAGAUUCUGUGCACCAAGUGAUCAUUGUCCAAUCAUGGACAAAGCCUGGGAGGACCCUAAGGGUGUUCCCAUAAGUGCCAUUUUAUUUGGUGGUCGACGCCCACAGGGAGUUCCCUUGGUCUAUCAGUCAUUUAAUUGGCAGCAUGGGGGUGUUUGUUGCCUCAUCCAUGUCAUCUGAGGCCACUGCUGCCGCUGAGCACAAGGGUAAAACUGUCAUGAGAGACCCUUUUGCCAUGAGACCUUUCUUUGGAUACAAUUUUGGCAAAUACAUGGAGCACUGGUUGGAGAUGGAGAAACCAAACCACAAAAUGCCAAAGAUUUUCCAUGUUAACUGGUUCCGUGUGGAUGAAAAUGGUCAUUGCUUAUGGCCAGGUGAGCUUGUCUUGAUUUUACCAAGUUCAUACAACUGAAAGACAUCUCUGUUCUUGAAAAGUUAGAAAGAUGAUGAGUUAGAAAUCUUUUCAGAUACAACCAAUCAUUGGACUACUUUUGGAAUAUCAGAAAAAGGGAGUCAAAUAUCUUACUGAACUAAGAACAUCUUAUUCUAAAGUGAUCAUCAGAAGAUGGUGCAGAAAAUUGUAAGGAAAAUUGUCUUUUGAGGAAGUAAUGUUUCUGGAAGUUGCUUAUGGGAAAAACUUGUUUUUGUAUCGCUCAGCUAUUGGUAAAAAAAAUGCUUUUUUUCUUUCUCUUUACAACACAUUUAAGAAAGAAUACUAGGUUGUUGUUGGAGUACUGUGUGAUUCUAAUGUAAAAUGGUGUGGAUAUCAGGGUAAAGGGAACCCUGCAAAAACUUUUGGAGUUCCCCUAAGAGGCUACCCUUGGGUGCAAAUAAGGAAGCCAGACAUUGGUAGCUAUUAAGAAAUUAUUGGAUUGCGUUGAGCAUGAUAUUAUGAAUUAUCAAUGCCAAGGUAUGAGUUAUCUGCUGAAGCCAAAGGCUAACUGAGGCUGAUAACACAGGCACUGUGUUUGAUAAUACAUGAUAUUAUGUGAAAACCGAAUUCAGUAAUUGUUUUAUGAUAAAUUUAUUAAACAAUCUACAAAAGAAGACACCUCUCUGUGUUUGCAAAAGUUUGAGAUUACUACAUGGGCGGGGGGCUUGGAAAUUAGGCAGACUUUGAACCCAAAAUGAUAAUCCAAUGUCUGUUGCAGACAUUAAUUAGCCCAUGCUUUGAAAACCCUUUGAAAAGUUAUCUAUGCAAAGUUGAUCUAACAAACGGUGCCUGGUGUUUCAGGGUUUGGAGAGAACUGCCGUGUUCUGGAAUGGGUGCUAAGACGCUGUGAUGAUGAAGAUGUGGCAGAUGUGACUCCAGUUGGGUACAUACCUAAACUGGACUCCAUUAACGUUGACGACCUUACAGCAAAGCUAGACAUGGAGAAGCUAUUUGACAUCCCCAAAGACUAUUGGCUGGAAGAAUGUCAGUAUCUACGCAAGUACUACGAGGAUCAGUUGGGAGCUGAUUUGCCUCAAGCAGUACGUGAUGAGCUGAAUGCACUGGAAGAGCGUCUGAAGGCAGCUUAAGCUGACCACUGUGGUGGAAAGACUAAGCAAAUGCUGCUGUAUCCACCGUUUUCGCUACUUCUUAUCUUACAGACAUUUUCUCUGAUUUUUACUAUGAUCGCUUUGACUGGUUGUUGUUAUCAAGACCUUCUACUGCAGCGAUUACGAAAGUUGUUUUGACAAUUAUUAUAUACCCCAGGGAUUUCUGGAUAGUUUCUUAGUUGAAAAAUCUUUAAAAAAAGAAGGGAAAAAAGGUUAGUUGGUGCAAGAGCUUUACAAAGUACCCACAUAUGGUAUCUAUUUAUGACGCAGAAAACUGUUCAAUAAAAACUUAUCAAAACUCAUUACUUAGCGUCAACGGGGAGGGGGG